ACGACGAGGUAGUAGCUCUUCUUCGCCCCAGGUUCCCUGCUCCUGCGCGGUUCGUGGGCUCGGGGUCCCGCGGACUCAGGGGCCGACCUCCGGGACGCGGGCACCGCCCAGGGUGACAGUGCGGGGACAUGGCCUUGCCCCUGGGCAGGCUGAGCGCGGGCCCCUGCUGGCGCGUGGCCCGGGGCGGCUGCGGAGAGCUGCGCGCUUGGUCCCGGCGCCGCACGGCCGGAUGCAUCUGCCGGGCCCCUGGCACGGCCGGCGCCGAGCCAAGCCGCGGGCUGGGGCACCGCGCGGCGGCGGGAGGCGGCCCCCGGCUGGGGACCGGGCUGGCCGCGGCGCUGGCGGGGCUGGCAGGGCUGGCCGCCGCCGCCUUCGGGCACGUGGAGCGGGCGGAGAUGGUGCCCAAGGGCUCGGGGGUGCGGAGCCCCUCGCCGGGGAGGCCGGAGGAGGAGGACGAGCUGGCCCGCCGUUGCAGCUGCUUCAUGGCCUCGCCUGUGACCGACCUGCGCGAGCUGCGGAGGAGGCCGGGCGACAUGAAGACCAAGAUGGAGCUGCUGAUCAUGGAGACCCAGGCCCAGGUGUGCCAGGCGCUGGCACAGGUUGAUGGGGGAGCCCGCUUCUCUGUGGACCGGUGGGAGAGGAAGGAAGGAGGUGGUGGCAUCAGCUGUGUUCUUCAAGAUGGGCGUGUUUUUGAAAAGGCCGGGGUGAGCGUUUCUGUCGUUCAUGGAAAUCUUUCUGAGGAAGCAGCAAAGCAGAUGAGAAACAGAGGGAAAAAUCUGAAGACUAAAGAUGGUAAAUUGCCGUUUUCUGCUAUGGGUGUGAGCUCCGUUAUACACCCCAAGAAUCCACAUGCUCCUACUGUCCAUUUCAACUUCAGAUACUUUGAAGUAGAAGAAGCUGAUGGUAACAAGCAUUGGUGGUUCGGUGGGGGAACUGACCUCACUCCCACGUACUUGAACCGAGAGGACGCUGUCCAUUUUCACAGAACUCUAAAGGAGGCUUGUGACCGGCACGGCCCAGAUCUCUACCCUAAAUUCAAAAAAUGGUGUGAUGAUUACUUUUUUAUACCCCAUCGUGGGGAGCGGAGGGGCAUCGGGGGUAUCUUUUUUGAUGACCUUGACUCUCCAUCCAAGGAGGAGGUGUUUCACUUUGUGCAGAGCUGUGCCCAGGCUGUUGUUCCUUCUUAUAUUCCUCUUGUGAAAAAGCACUGUGAUGACUCCUUCACCCCUCAGGAGAAGCUGUGGCAGCAGCUCCGGAGAGGACGGUAUGUGGAAUUUAAUCUGCUGUAUGAUCGGGGUACAAAGUUUGGCCUCUUCACUCCGGGAUCCAGGAUCGAAAGCAUCUUGAUGUCUUUACCUCUGACUGCCCGAUGGGAGUACAUGCAUUCACCCUCAGAGAACUCCAAAGAAGCUGAAAUUCUGGAAGUUCUGCGCCAUCCAAGGGACUGGGUGCAUUGAUGGAGGUGACGCCUCAUCCGGGGGUUUGGGGACACAACAUGUGCCCCCGUUCCACUGGCCAGCACCGUUGCCACUGCAUGGCAAUUAGUUCCCUGUGUCUUGAGCCCCAGUCUUCACUCUGGAGCCUGUCUCCCUGGCAGGUGGUGAAAUGGGUUUUAAGCACCACAGGUUUCUGUUGGGUGUCGCUGGUGAUGGGCGGUGCGAUGGCAGCUUGUCAGAGCCGAUUGGUUGAUACUAGUCUUAUUUAUGCUUUUAGAAUCCUUUUAUAUGACUAGUUUACAAAAUGUGACAUUGGAUUUCCUGUAUUGAGUUAAGAGAAUCUUAAGUAUUUUCAUUUUUAUCAGGGAACUUCUCAUGUUAUUUUUAUUUCUUUUAAUUUUAGUUUCUACUACAAAAAUCUGUCAUGGGAUAAAUUUAUUUUCAUUAAUUCAGUGAAGUUGAGCGUAUUAGUAAUUUUAGAAAGCAACAUGAAAUGAAGAUAAAACUUGUCAUUACUGAAGUUUCUUUAAACAUAAUGUUUGUUUUUAUGUAUCUUGAUGUAGAAAUCAUAAUGUAAAAUACUCACUUUUUUAUAAUGAUAGGUAUUUAGAAACACUUGAAAUUUUCUUAAUCUCUACAUAUGUUACAAUUGAUUACCUGUGUUUGUUAAUUCUACAUCACUGGUAUUUAAAUAAGGGGCAUCUAAUUUGUCAUUUUGAUUUUUAUAGAACUAGAAUUUGUUAAUGUUGGGAUUCUCUACACUUUUGAAUGUAAAAUCUUAUAACCAUAGAUUCUGAUAUUUAAAAAUUUCUAUUCCAGAUAGUUCUGUAUGGAGACUUAAACUAAAAACAAUCCUGGGGGUGUUAAUGAAUAUAGGAAAUGUUUCUCAUUUGGUGAUACUUUCCUUCUUUAAUUAAAGCAAACUUAACAACUGUUAUGAGUGUGAGAAGCAUGUAGGCAUUUGAUAAAUAUAUUUUUCUCAUAAGAUGGACUAGUUGAAAUUGUCCUAUUUUUAAAUCAGAGAUUCUGCAACUCAUAUUUUUUGCUUUUAAGAGAAAUUCACAACAAAAUUCCAAAUACGGCUUCUUUGUUCACAUGAUAAUAUGAAUGUAUGUGUUUUUAAUCCAUAAUAUAUUGAAGUUUGUAAGGACUAGAAUCUUCCUACAUACGAUUAAGCAUCAUCUUGGAACACAUGGAAUGUAUGUGACUGUGUGACUCUUUAGGUCUGGAAAACGUAUGAAUUCGUCAAUUGUCUUAAAACAGAUCUGAUUAAAUUUUAUUAUGAAAUAUGA